AAUGAAAACACUACAUUGAGAUUUUAAGUCUAAAAAAUAAGAGUUCUUGAAAAUGCAAUAUACAUAUUAUCAUAAAAUUGUAGCUUUUAAAAGUAGAACAAUUUGAAUAUCUUAAAGAUUAAUAAAAAAGAAACCACUUUCCUUAUCGAAAAAGGUAUUAUAGUACAAAAAUUGUUUCUUCAUUUUAGUAUUGUCUGGAAAUAUCAGUUAAAAUUGUAACAAAAUUUUUCAAAACAAAAUAAUAAUGAACAUAAAUUUUUUACACUUGCUCAUUAUAUUCAUUGUCGUAAAAAUUGAAGCAUACAGAAUUUUAGGUUUAUUUCCAUUGCCAUUUAAAAGUCACAGUAUAUUUUCUCAAGCUCUAAUGAAAGGUCUAGCUAAAAAGGGACAUCAUGUUGAUGUCAUAUCCUAUCAUCAAGAAUUAAAACCACCAAAAAAUUAUCAAACAAUUUUAAAUUUAUCCAACAUAAGUUAUGCUCAUGCAAUAGGUAAAUUUAAUUCUAUUCAAGAACCAUUAAAUCGAAAUCGUGACAUAAUGAGCUUAGCCAAAUUUGAUUAUGGACUACACAUUUGUAAUUUGAUGUCGCAUAAAAAAAUGCAAGAUAUUAUUCAAAAUCUAUCAAAUAAUUCACGGUACGAUUUGUUCAUUACACAGGGUACAUCGACUAAUUGUUUUUACGGAAUUGGAACUCUUCUAAAUGUACCAAUAAUAUCAAUUACACCAACUUUGGAAUUUUCUAUUCAUGCAAGAAACAUUGGCAAUCCACUUUAUACAUCUUUUCAUUUAACAGCAUUAACAUGGAAAUCAAAAAUAGAAACAUUUUGGGAUCGAGUGACAAAUACUGUAACAGCAUUAAUUAAUGAGUAUAGAUUUAAAUCUUACACUGAAAAUCAAUCAGAAGCAAUGAAAAAAUAUUUAGCUCCAAAUAUACCAACAGUGAGGGAAGUAGAAAAGACGAUCUCGUUAUUAAUUGUAAAUUCUUAUCAUUCGAUACAAGGUUUAAGACCAACAGUUCCAGGUCUUAUCGAAGUUGGAGGUUUACAUAUCAUAGCAGAUGAUUCUAGUUUGACACAAGACUUGAAACAAUGGAUGGAUGAAAGCAUCGAUGGAGUUGUAUUAAUAUCAUUUGGAUCAUUGAUACCAAUUGAAAGUCUUCCACAAGAAACUAUUAAGUCAAUUUUUUCAACAUUUGCCAAACUAUCACCAAUUAGAAUUUUAAUGAAAGUUACCCAAGGAUUUAAAUUUCCAUUUGAAACACCAAAAAAUCUACUCUGCAUGACAUGGAUCCCACAAAUAUCUGUCCUAAAACACAAUAAUACACGAUUGUUCAUUACUCAUGGAGGUCUGCACAGUAUUAUGGAAACAAUUUAUUUUGCUAUCCCAGUUAUUGGAAUACCGAUAUAUUAUGAUCAGCAUCAAAAUGUGCAAAUAGUGGUUGAUAAAGGAAUGGGUUUGCAAAUAGAAAUUGACAAAAUUACAGAAGAUACUCUAAACACAUUACUGUCAAAAAUAAUAAAUGAUCCAAAAUUUAGGUAGAAACAAAAACAUAAAAAUUUUAAAUGUUUUCUAAUUAAAAUUGCAAAAUUUUAAUUUUGAUUAUAGAGAAGCGGCAAAAAACAAUUCACUGAUUUUUCGCGAUCGAUUAUCAAAUCCCAUGGACA